AUGGUCUCUUCUUCUCUCCUGCUCGCCCUCAUCCCGGCCGUGGCCGCCGGACCCCUGGCCUGCAAGGCUCCCGCGGAUGCUCAGCCGCCUACCGCCUGCAAGGCCCCCGCGCCGAAGCCGCCUGCCGCCUGCAAGCCCAAGCCGGCCGCGUCCGCCUGCACGGCCCCGAAGGGCGGCUUCACCAUCAAGGCCAAGAGCCUGUACCCCGAGAACGCCGACUUUGACACCUCCCGAUGCGUCACUUACAUCUCGAACCUGUACAACAGCACCGUCACCGUCUACGACGCCGCCAAGAACGACGUCACCAACGUGCUCACCUUUGACGGCAUCACCAACGAAAAGGCCUUCCACAUCUCCGGCGUGCAGCGCGACGACAAGCACGACAUGCUGACCAUCAGCGCCAACGCCGGCGCCGCCUUCGACACCCAGGGCGGCGACAUCUCCGGCUCCAACAUGCUCCUCCAGUACAACUUGACCGCCGGCGCGCUCGCCUGGCAGAAGGACCUGACCUUGACCUCCAAUGGCGUCUACGGCGGCUUCCAGGACAUGGAGCACGACGCUGCCGGCAACGCCUUCGUCAUCGGCACUUUCCCGAGCAGCAUCCUCAAGGUCAGCGCCGACGGGAACACGGUCGAUGAGUGGUUCGUCUCCAACAAGACGGGCGUGACCCCCAAGCCGCACGGCUUCACCGGCAUCGCCAAGUUUGACGACUCGCGCCGCGUGCUCGUCACCGACGGCGAGACCGGCCAGCUGCUCAAGUUCGACCUGGCCGCACCCAAGGGCGUGCCGGUGGUUGUGCCGAUCGGCGACGAGAAGAUCGGCGCGGACCUGGACGGCGCGUACCUGCCCCCGCUGCACAAGAACACGGUGCUGCUGGUCUCGGACAACACGCUCGGCACGGUGGUGCUGCGCUCCAAGGACGGCAAUUGGGACGCGGCCGAGAGGCUCGGCGUCGUCCCCAAGCCGGCGGCGGACACGGAGGGCUUCGCCGUGGCGACGGUGCAGAUUGCCGACAGAAUCUAUGCCGUCACUGAGUACUUUGGCGACGCUCCGGACCCCAAAAACGCUACCGACACCAGAACUCUCCUCAGAGAGGACUACCCCUGGUACGACAUCACCGAUGACGUUCAGAAGUUGCUUAAGUGA